AUGCACCUGCACUACUACUACCCACUAUCAACCCUAGGUCCGUACUCUGCUUCAUCCUCCCUGCUGUGCUACUCCCUGUUACAUCCUCCCUGCUGUGCUACUCCCCGCUGCAUCCUCCCUGCUGUGCUACUCCCCACUACAUCCUCCCUGCUGUGCUACUCCCCGCUACAUCCUCCCUGCUGUGCUACUCCCCACUACAUUCUCCCUGCUGUGCUACUCCCCGCUGCAUCCUCCCUGCUGUGCUACUCCCCGCUGCAUCCUCCCUGCUUGUGCCCCCCUCCCUGCUGUUACUCCUGCGCACCUCUCCUUGCUGAUACUCCUCUCCUCCCUUCCUGGUCGUGGUUCCUCUCCUCCCUUCCCUGCUGUGGUUCCCCUGCUCCCCUCCCUACUGUGACUCCUCUCCUCCCUUCCCUGCUGUGGUUCCCCUGCUCCCCUCCCUGCUGUGGUUCCUCUCCUCCCUUCCCUGCUGUGGUUACCCUGCUCCCCUCCCUGCUGUGGUUCCUCUCCUCCCUUCCCUGCUGCGGCUCCUCUGCUCCCCUCCUUGCUGUGGUUCCUCUCCUCCCUUUCCAGCUGUGGUUCCCAUGCUCCCCUCCCUGCUAUGGUUCCUCUCCUCCCUUCCCUGCUGUGGUUCCCCUGCUCCUCUCCCUGCUGUGGUUCCUCUCCUCCCUUCCCUGCUGUGGUUCCCCUGCUCCUCUCCCUGCUGUGGUUCCUCUCCUCCCUUCCCUGCUGUGGUUCACCUGCUCCCUUCCCUGCUUUGGUUCCUCUCCUCCCUUCCCUGCUAUGGUUCCCCUGAUCCUCUCCUUGCUGUGGUUCCUCUCCUCCCCUCCCUGCUGUGGCUCCCCUGUCCCCCCAUUCCCUCUUACUCCAAGCUCGGAGCACCGCAAUUCCACCAUUCAUCUCCUCUAG